GAUUGUUUUUUAAAGGCAAAAAAAAAGGAACAUACUUAUAUCCCAAGUGGAUCUGCUGCUGAAGCAUUAAACAGUAAAAAAAAUUCCUUCCGCUUUUAUGAACAGAUGAAGUUUUUAAAUGACGUCAUGGGAAAAGCUCCAACAAGUACUAGUCUACCAUUAAGCAUUCAGAAUGAUGACGAUGAUGAAAAUAUCUCAGUUGAAGCCAGAAACUCUUCAAUGUUAGUGUCCCCACUAACAAGCAGCAGCGUCAUUGCAUCAAGUUCUGAAGAAAGUAAUUUUAAUUCAAAUAGAAAAAGAAAAGCUGACAGAUCGAACAAAGAGUUAAACGAAGAGUUUCAUGACACUGUUAUAAAUGCAUUAAGAGAAACUAAGGAACCUGAUGGUGUUGACGGGUUGUUGUUACUAGGCGAAGGAUUAAGAAAAUUGCCUUAUAGAGCUCGAACUAAAUUAGAAAUGAAAUUUCUUGCAAUGUUGAUGGAGGAACAAGAUAAAUUGCAUGAUCUGCUAAUAUAA